AACCACAACACGCCAUUGAUUCAGCCGGAGAGAAGUCUGUGAUUUGAUUUUGCUAUCGUUAGUUGUACUUAAAAGUGUAUUUAAAGGCGUACGGUGUUGAUAGUUUCUAGUUUUAUAGGACAACAAAGUCUUGAGGGACGUGUGUGAGGAUUCCAGGGAUUCAAAAGUAAGUAAUGAGUCUGUCUGAGGAGCAGCAGGAUAGCAGGCCUCCCAGCAGAGGAAAAGUGAAGCUGGAAGAUCAAGAGGAGGAGGAGGCAAUGGAGGAGGAGGAGGAGGAGGAGGAGGAGGAGGAGGAGGAGGAGGCAAUGGAGAAGAACACCCCUCUAGUGGCCCUUGCACCUGAUGCUUCGCUCCCAGAGGAGCUGCCCACUGCCAGUACUGAUGUCUCUGCUAGUCCUGCUUUCCAGUGCUUAGAUGAGUUCUUAUCGUUGGGUAAAAUCAGCCAGACCAAAGUAGCCAAACUGAAAUCCAGCUUCAGGCUACUCCACAAUACUCUGAAGAGUACCCAGGAUUCUGAGAUCCAGCUUUUGGGAGAGGCAAAGAGGUGCCGUGCUCAGUUGGAAAGGCUGCAGAACGAGGUGGAGAGAACAGAGGAGCAGAGCACCUCUGAGCAGCCUGAAAGUGAGGUCAAUGAACUGAGGCAGCAGCUCCUCCGGGCAUACAAUGAACUGAAAGCUGCCGAGGACAGAGAGUACAAGACACAACACAAACUGAAGUGUCUCUGGGAAGAGAAGCGGUAUCUGGAGAAAGAGAAUGAGAUUCAGCCGAAACCUGCUGAGCUGGAGAGGAGAACAAAGGCCCUGCAGGAAAAAUAUGAGGAUCUGAGGAAAGAGGUUGCCCAGAGACAACUGGAAGUCAGAGGCCUGAUGGAAGAUGUGGAAGCCCAUGAAAUGCAGAUAUUGAAAGAACAGAAAGAGCUGGAAGACAAGAAGGAGAUCAUAGAGCUCAAAGAGGCUGAGAAAGCCCGGCUCAUCAGCAUACCUGACCAGAUUUUAAAGGAGACCGAACGGAAACGCUCUAAGAAGGGAGCUGCACUGAGGAAGAUAGAAGUGCUAAAUACAGAGAUUUCAGAAAUGGAGCAGCAAGUGAAGGAGGUGGAGCUGCAUAACCACUCCCUCAGGUUGAAGAAGGAGGGGUUGAACGAGGAGCUGCAGGGUCUCUGGGCUCAAGUCGAGGCCAGUCAGAGGGAGUGCAGACAGCUGCUGAAAGAGCAGGAGGUCAAAAGGGAGGAGGAGGUGGAAUUAACAGGGAACAGAGGUAUCCUGGAAAUGAAGUUGCAGAACGUAAUGUGUGACAGAAAGCACCUGUAUGAGAGCCAAUCUGUGCAGCUCAAAGAGAAAAAUAGGCAGAUGCAAGCCCUCAAGAGGAUGGAGCAUGUGUUGGCCACGGCCACUGAGCAGCUAGAAUGCACACAGUCAAUCUACAAUGAGCUGCAGGCACAGUUAGAUGCUCUUCCUAAAAAAGAGGCCAGUAUUCAGCAGAGGAUGGAGCUUCAGAAAGAGGUGGAUGCUCUCAAAGUCAGCUUUGAAAAACAGUUAUCAGUAGCUGAGGAGGAGAGCCAGAAGAAGCAGCAGUAUGGGAUGAUUCAGGGGCUGCUGAGGGAGUCAAACUGCCUCAGAGAAGAACUCCAUAACCUCAGAUGUCUGACACAGAUCAAAGCCGAGGAGAGGGGCCAGAAGCACCGUGAACUGCUUAGAGCUGAGCAGCUGAACCAGCACAUCCAGCAGGAGCUGCUAGAAAAGGACUUGAUCAUCAUGGACCACAACAAGCUGAAUACUAUGCUCCAGCGCAGAGUAUCACAGUAUUGUAAGCUGUGCCAAAUGAUCAUGGAAGAGAAGAAUAAGUACGUCAAGCUGAAGCAGAUUGCCUCACAGACAAUCACAGAGCUGACGGAGCAGGUGAAGGUGCAGGAGAAUGAGACGGAGAUCCAACGUACCAUUGUCAUCAACAAGGACAGAUCACUCACAAAGGCUCGUAUGAAGAUCUCUAAUAGCUCCAAAAUGAGGGACAAACUGCUCAAUGACAUCUCCAAGGUUGCCUGGAAGCAACAUCAGAUCAGUCAGGAGUGUGAGGACAACAAACUGGAGCUGAUGAAACUCACACAAAUGAUAAACCUUCAGGAGAAAUCCCUUCUGGAAAUGAACAAGAAUCAUGAAACGGCCAUACAGCGCCGCAAUUUACUUGGCAUUCAGCUCCUGGAGCAUGAGGAGGUGUUAUUGAACUACUAUGAAAAGGUGAACAUCCAGGGGGCGGCCAUUACGAAGGGCAACAUGGCGCUGGAGACCCUGGAGAAGGAGAUGAAGGACUUGCAGUUGACUAUUAAUGAGGAGAAGAGACAGAUAGACCUGAAGAAGAAGGAGGUUCCCCUCAAGAAAAAGUUGGAGGGAGAGAUCACCAUGCUGCAGAUAGAGUUGUCAGAAGCCAGGGACAAGACACUUGAGGGUUUGAAUCGAACGGUUGAAUACAAAGAGCUCAAAGGCAAAGACCCCUCAACUGUGGAACUGGUCAAGAAGAUUGAGCAGCUGGAGGUGAAUCUAGCAGAGAGCGAGAGGCAGGUGCUGGAAAGAGAACUCCUCGUGGACCAGGUGACCCGGCUCUCGAAGCCACUCAGCGAGCAGGCUGAGAAUUGCCAACAGGACAGACUCUCACUGGCGAAGAAGUUAAACAAGCUCCGAACUCACAUAAUCGACACCAACCACCGUUUGAUGGCCAUUUCUGCAGAACUUUCCAUGAAGCAAGCUGCUGCUUUGUCUCUCCAACAAGAAAUCAAAGAGAAAGAGCACCAGAUGGACAGGUGCCAGCAGCAGCUGGAGCAGGGCCUGCCACCAUGCCCUGAGAUAGAGGAGGAGUGGAGGAGGAUGCUCCGAGACAAGAAGAGAAGACAGAGGGACAAAGAGGAGAGAGAGAGGCUGGCUGAAGAAGAGGAGUGGAACCAGUUGCCUAACGGAGAGUACACCACAGCCGAGACCCGACCCAACGCUUACAUCCCCCAGACUGACACGCUCCCUCUGCCCAAACCCUACGGAGCCCAGCCCCCCUUCAGACCCUCCCAACCAGGAGCCAGUAUGAGACAUAUCCGCAAACCAACGCUCAAACCCUUAGAGAUAUAAAAACACACACACACAAACUCGUGCCGGUUUGGUUCAUGUCUUGUCCUUCAGAAACAUUUAAUCUCCACGUGAGGGAUCGGAAAUUUAAAAAGCAAAUGAGCAUUUUUAAAGAAUCUUUUUGGCUGAUCCCUAUCACACCUCUCAGGGCCGCCUCCUCUCUGAUUCCUGGGUAUUUUUGUGAGCUCACUGUCCAGAAUACCAGUGCUGUUUUUGUUAUGUGCAUCUGGUAGUAAUUUUGUUUCCUUGUCUUUUUUUUCUUUUUUUUACAUUUACUGGCAAGAGCUUGUUCUCACUUGCAGUAACACUAAAUUCUGUAGGAGAGUGGAAGGGAAGACAGAGGACACGGGGAGAGAUUAAGUGUGUGUGCGUGUGUAUUGUUACAUCAUGUCCAACCAAUAAAAACUUCUGUUAUUAUUUCUGUA